GUGUGCCCUCAAUCUACCAUGGCAAUUUUCAAUAACACCACAUCUACCUACUCCUCAAACUUCCUCCUCACUGCUUUCCCUGGGUUGGAACUUGCUCAUGUCUGGAUCUCUAUUCCUGUCUGCUGUCUCUACAUCAUUGCCUUAUUUGGGAACAGCAUAAUCCUGUUUGUCAUCAUUACUGAAAGGAGCCUCCACAAGCCAAUGUACUAUUUCCUCUCCAUGUUGUCAGCUGUUGAUCUAUGUCUGACCAUCACAACCCUUCCCACUGUACUUGGGGUUCUCUGGUUUAAUUCCCGCAAGAUCAGUUUUAAUGGCUGCCUCAUCCAAAUGUUCUUUGUACAUUCCUUUUCCUUUCUGGAAUCCUCAGUGCUGGUAGCCAUGGCCUUUGACCGCUUCAUGGCCAUCUGUAACCCACUGAAGUAUGCUACUGUCCUCACAGACAUGAUGACCAUGGUGAUUGGAGUUGUCAUCUGCAUCCGGCAAAUAAUUAUUAUGUUUCCCAUGCUCCUCGCUUUGAAGAGCAUAUCUUUUCUUGGAGGCAAAGAGCUUUCUCACCCAUUUUGCUAUCACCCAGAUGUGAUCAAAUUCUCAUAUUCUAGUCCAUGGGUGGCAAGUUUUGGGGGCAUGUUUCUUCAGCUCUAUCUAACUGGCACUGACUUAUUGUUCAUCCUUUUCUCUUAUGUCCUGAUCCUUCGUACUGUUCUGAGCAUUGUGGCCCCCAAGAAGCAACAGAAAGCCUUCAGCACCUGUGUGUGUCACAUCUGUGCUGUCACAAUUUUUUAUGUGCCAAUGAUUAGCCUGUCGUUGACACACCGCCUCCUCUCUUCUACUCCUAGAGUGGUCUGUAGCAUUUUGGCCAAUGUUUAUCUACUUUUACCACCUGUAGUAAACCCAGUAAUUUAUAGCUUGAAGACCAACACAAUUCGCCAGGCUUUGCUCCAGCUAUUUCAACCCAAGCAUUCACGUGGCUCCAGUGGGAGGGGUCAUACAGGAAGGUGGGUUUGA